ACCUUGUAUUAAAACACCAGCUUCACAGAAGCAUUUUUUUCCUCCCUUAUUUUACAUUUAAAAGUCUGGAAGAAGUCUUCCCAAUGGAGUAUCUUUAUAAAUCACCGAUUUUUGUUUUGUUAUUAAACGUCACUUGUUGCUAAGGAAGAACAGAGAAGAUCAAAGGACUUCUAACAAAACUGGAAAACUAAAGGUGAGAGAGUUUUGCUUUCUUUCUCAUUCUGUAAAGACUUAUCACUGAACUACAACAACUGCUGGUUCAUAGUUCUAUAAAAAAGACUGCACGCAGUGAUGUGAUCCCACUUCGCUACUUCGUACUCAACUCCUAACGUCGAACAACAGCUCAGUUCUCUUUGCUUAUCAACGUGACCAUGCAUUCAACCAGCCUGUUUACAAAUCCAUAUGCAAUUGAAGUCCUACGAAUUAAAAGAGAGGAGCUAAUAGAAGGCAUAAAUGACCCAGACCAUCUGCUGAACUGGCUGAUAGACAAUGGUAUUUUUUCCCCAGAAAAAAAGAUGGUCAUGAGUUUCUACAGGACACGAACAGAAAAGAACUCCCGAGUUUUAGACAUACUGAUUUCUCAAGGCGAACGAGCCUGCAGGCUCUUUUUUUAUCCUUGUUUAAAGCAGGUGGAGCCAAAACUUUAUAACGAGAUGAGAAAAUAUGUCAGCGAAGUUAAUGAAAGCAUCAGAGAUGCAAGAAGACAAUUGGUAGGAUACUUACUCGAAAAAGACAAGGUUUGGUUUGAAAACAGCAGUGAACGGCACCAGGAAAAAAAAGUGAGUCGUAAAAGAAAAAAGCAAGAUUGGGCUAUUAAGACCAAGAAAAAAGAAACCCAACUUUCAAGAGCAGCAAAACCUAGAAAAGGUCACUCUGAUAGAGGCAUCUUUGGUGCAGCUGCUAAGGGCUGUCUUUCUGAGUUAGAGAAAACACUGAAAGAUAAUGAUAUUAACGCACUAAACUCCUCAAGAGAAACCCUUCUGCAUGUUGCAGCCACUAAUGGACACCUAGCAAUAAUGGAAUAUUUGAUCAGCAAAGGUGCUAAGCCAGAUGUGAAGGACAAGAAAGGAAGAACACCACUGCACAGGGCUGCUGAGAAGGGCCACGGUGAUGCGGUGAAAAUGCUUCUGCGGUGCGGCGCUUCCAUGUACAGCUUGGAUAAAGAAGGCAAGAUGCCGCUUCAUGUGGCCGCGCAGAACAGCCACGGUCACAUACUGAAGGUGCUCCUGAGAGAAGAGGCAAGAAGCUACAGGAACCAGCACAACUUUUUGCACAGGGCAGCUCUUAAAGAUGACAGCAGUCUGGUGAAAAUGCUUUUAAAGAGCGGUGCCUCCAUUGAUGGGAAGGACAGACGAGGACAGACCGCUCUCAGUUACGCUCUUUCUCGUGGGUUUGAAAACACUGCAAAAGUACUGCUAGAGGCCGGAGCCAGGGUUGAUUCCAGCAUGGCUGAAAGAGCCUUCAACAGCAACCACCCAUCCAUCUUCAAAAUGCUACUAGAAUAUUCUAAAGAUCUGCCAUCUGACUUGAUGGAGUCAACUCUUUUUAAAGCUGUACAGAAAAAUCUGCACGGUGUUGUAGCGGCUUUAGCUGACCGAGGUACAGAUGUGAACGCCUACAACGAAAUGCAGUACACUCCUUUACUCCUGGCAUGCGAAACAGGCAAGGCUGAGUCCGCACAAGUUCUAAUCGAAAAGGGAGCAAACUUGGGAAUAAAGACUCCUGCUUCAGACUCAGCUUUGCACUUGGCAGUUCAGGCCGGGGCUGCCCCCAUCACAAAUCUGCUCCUGCGCAAAGGGAUGGAAGUUAACCUUACGAAUCAGGCUGACGAAACCCCGCUCCAUGUCGCUGCACUGCGUAAUAAAGCAGCAUUAGUUAGCCUGCUAGUCAAUGCUGGGGCCAAAGUUAAUGCUGUCACUAAAGAGCUGGUGACUCCUCUGCAUGUUGCAAGUCAGAGAGGUAACACUGAAGUUGCCCAAGAGCUGUUGCACCACAAAGCCAGUGUUAAUGCUAAGGAUAGGCAGUCAAAAUCACCUUUACAUUAUGCUUCCGAAAAAGGAGACAAAACAAUGGUGGAGAUGCUUCUGAAUGCUAACGCUGACCCCAACGCACAAGACAAAGAGAAAAGGACCCCCCUGCACGCUGCAGCUGAGAGAGGACAUCUCAGCGUCGUCAGAGUUCUGUUGGCUACAAAAGGAAGACUUGGGGUUAAGGACAUGGAUGGAUGUACUCCAAUGCACUAUGCGGCCAUCAAAGGAAACACAGAGAUUGUAAAACUUCUUCUGACAACAGGGAAAAAUAAGAAUAUUGAUGACAGAAACAUAUGGAGAAAGACUGCACUGCAUAUUGCAGCGGAAUAUGGACACAGUGACUUGAUAAAUUUGUUACUGAGUUAUGGGGCAGCCAUCAAUGCCUUAGACAACAGCAAGGACACUCCGUUGCAUUGUGCUUGCAAGGCCGGUCAUUUAAACGCUGUAAAUUCCCUCAUAAACUGGUCACAAGGAGAAAAAGCAAACCUGCUAGCUGCUAACAGUCUCAAAAAGACCCCGCUGCAAGUAGCAGAAUCUAACAGAACAGAAAAUCAGGCCCAAAUUGUCACACUUUUGAAAAAGAAAAUGUUAAUAACAAGAUGA